CGGACCCGGAGCUUGGGCCAGAGCAGAGCCCGGAGCCGGGGCUUGGUCCUCCUAGCUGCCCCGGACUAGACGGGACGGCCCGGCCGCGGUGCCCGCGAUGGAGCUGCGGGGCCUGCCCAGGCGCACCUGAGGGGAGGGGGGCCGGAGCGGAGGGGCCAUGAGCUCAGUGUGGAAGCGGCUCCAGCGCGUGGGCAAACGCGCAGCUAAGUUUCACUUCGUGGCGUGUUACCAGGAGCUGGUGGUGGAGUGCACCAAGAAAUGGCAGCCAGACAAGCUGGUGGUGGUGUGGACCCGGAGGAACCGGCGCAUCUGCUCCAAGGCCCACAGCUGGCAGCCUGGGAUCCAGAACCCUUACCGGGGGAUGGUGGUAUGGAUGGUGCCAGAGAAUGUGGACAUCUCGGUGACCCUCUAUCGGGUGAGCCCCCAUCAGUGUGCUGUCUCCCUUCAGGGAACUAGGCAGGUAGUAACACAGGGGUGUGAAGGAGGCAGCAGUAAUCCUGAGCUCAGCAAGCGCUUAUGAAGCACUUACUGUAUGCUUGGCUCUGGGGAGGGGGGAGAGACACCAAGUUCUGAUUGGACCCAGAACAAGAAGAACAGAACAUGGAGCUCAGAGUCCAGGGGAGAAAAAGAAUACUGAUUCUUUUUUUGAAUCCACAUUUCUGAUUUCUGCAGGCAAGGAAAUUCCCUGCACCAAUGAAGGAAGAAAUAAAGGGAGGGAGGGAGAGAGAAA